AUGGGAACAAUCAUACACCUUUAUCAAAUUGAAAUAGUAUUGGUAGCACUGUUUAUUUUGUGUCAAAUGUUAAGCUGUAUAUCCAACAUAAUAUGUUUGAUAGUUGUACGCAAAACUGGUACUUAUAAUUCAAAAAAUCGACCCCGACUAUUGAUGGCCAACAUAUGUGUGUCGGACACCAUACUGACCCUAUGCUCAUGGUUAUUUCGCUACGCCCUAAUUACCAAACUGCACAACUAUGAAUUAGUUAGCAUAGUACUACAAUCUAUACAAAACUAUUUGGAAAACAUGAGUCUCUAUGUAACGUCGAUAACAUUUAUUAUAAUUUCAUGGGACAGGUACUACGAUAUGACCCGGGUAUUCUACAAUCCAUUCAAUACAAAAAGUACCCGAUUUCUACUGAUGACUACAUGGCUAGUCAGUGCACUGUUAGCCCUACCGUUUAUUAUACCUACUCGUGUGGAAUAUUAUGAAUACGAAACGGGUAAUAUAACAUGCGAACUGACCCAAAUCAACCUUAACCUCAAUGUCCGUUCGGUAUCAAUGUUUGCCAUAUGCCGGGCCAUUAUGACCAUACUGUGCGAGUUUCUUAUACCGGCCAUAUGGGUUACAUGGUAUUCUGGCCGAUUAGUGUUGGCCAUGAUUACCGUUUUCAAUGACAUACAAACUGGUGUAGGUGUGUCCAUUAUGGAUAUGCGCCGACAAAACUAUUGGCUCCGAUGUCAUGUAACCAAACGUCUGGUUGCUGUACUGUUUAUAUUUAUAUUGAAAAAUACGGCCUACACUGUUAUUACACACUAUAACCUGUUGGAUCUGUUCAACCAACUGGACAAACUGAAUCCCUGUCCCCAAUCGCCGCAUCUAUUGUACUAUAUUUUCUCCGAAAUAUUUCGUGUGACCACAUCGUUGAAUAGUUUUAUAUUUUUCUGGAUGAGCCCUGAAUUUCGCAAACAAUUCAAACGUUUACUAAAGAACAGAAAUCAUGGAAAACGUGAACAAAAUAUGAACACUAUUUCUAAUAUGUUUACAAAUAGUUAA